UAUACAUGGGAACAGUGCUGCCACAUUGUUGUCAUUAUACAUUAUCCAGCACUGGACAUACAGAGGGUCUUGCGCACACUGGUCGUUAACAGCUGUUGUUGCUGCGAAGAAGAGCAUCUAAUUGAAAGAUUUUGACUAUUUAGGAGUGCAAAACGAUGGCCCAAGUCCCCUUGGCAAUUGCUUCGCACAAGCGCCAGGUGUGCAGCCUCUACAAACGGGCCUUGCGCAACCUUGAGGCCUGGUAUGACCGUCGCAAUGUUUACCGCUACCGUGCUGUGCAGUUGCGAGCCCGGUUCGACGAAAAUCGCUGCAAGGACUUGGGCGAAGGCAUUCGUCUAUUAGCCUGCGGGCAACGAGAACUCUUCGAGACGAAGCACUUCCAACCGAGAAACUUUGCCAACAGCUCUGGUGGCUGUGCCUACGAGCGAGAGGUGAUCCCUCCCGACUGGCUCCUGGACUACUGGCACCCUCUGGAGAAGGCUCAGUACCCGGAAUACUUUGCCAAGCGAGAACAGCGAAAGAAGGAGUACGUGACCUGGUGGGAAAAGCAAUACGGCAAGCCGGACCCCAAGGACCUGGGGCACCACUAAUUUAGCCUUUAAAGUACCAUAGUCAAAUCAAAUCAUUGUCUUUGAAAGUAAAUCAAUUGGAGCUCCUCAA